AUGACUAGGAGUGGAGCAGUUGUGGUUAGUCCAAAACCAGCUGAAAAAAGAGAGAAAACCAAGGAAGAGGAGAAGAUUAAAUCUAAUCUAGAGGAAGGGAACUUCACCUUAUUGAAAAGAGAAAAUUCAGAAAUGGAUACCUUCCCUAAAACGGUGAGAAGAACAAAGAGACAAAUUUUAGAAGAUUCAAACAAGCCUCUAGAUGAAGAGAAAUACAAAAGACUGCUUUAUCCACAAAGAGUCACCAAUCCUAAGCAAGAAAGGCAGUAUGAGAGGUUUCUAGACGUCUUUAAGAAGCUCCAAAUAAACAUACCAUUUGCUAAAGCAUUAGAACAAAUGCCUUCAUAUGCAAAAUUCAUGAAGGAGUUGUUGUCCAAGAAGAGAAAGUUAGAAAAUGACAAGACAAUUCCUUUGACUGAAGAAUGCAGUGCUAUUUUGCAGAGAAAGCUGCCUCAAAAAUUAAAAGAUCCAGGCUCAUUCAGCAUUCCAUGCUCUAUUGGAAAUUGCACAAUAGGAAAAGCUUUGUGUGAUCUUGGGGCAAGCAUCAACCUUAUGCCUCUUGCAAUAAUGAAAAGACUUGGAAUAGAGGAAGUCAAGCCAACAAGCAUCACUCUACAACUUGCGGACAGAUCAUAUACUUAUCCAUAUGGUAUUGUAGAGGAUUUGAUUGAUGUACAAAAAGGGAAAUUAAUGCUUAGAGUGCAGGAUGAAAAUGUUACCUUUAAUGUUUUUGAAGCACUCAAACAUCCUAGUGAUAAUAGCACAGCAUGA